CAUUUUCUGCGCUCCUGCCAGCAGUUUGUAAAAGAACGUCCCCUAGCACAAGCUAUGUCAGUUUAGACCUCAGAACGCUUCAUACAAGCUACACUUCUCAGUCUCAGAACAGCUGCGCCCCUCAAACUAUGACCGGAGUAUUCGACAGAAGGGUUCCAAGUAUAAGAUCUCCAGAUUUCCAGGGUCCUUUUCAACAUCCAGCCAUGCAUCAUCCAUCUCAGGAGUCUCCAACUUUGCCAGAGUCUUCAGCCACGGAUUCGGGCUACUUCAGCCCUGCUGGCGGAGUCCACCACGGCUAUUGUUCGCCCGGUUCGGCUACAUAUGGGAAAGCGCUUAAUGCUUACCAAUACCAGUAUCAUGGAGUGAAUGGAUCUGCUGGGAAUUACCCUGCAAAAACCUACCAAGAUUAUAACAGUUACACAAAUGCAGCUUAUCACCAGUAUGCUGGUACUUACAGCAGGGUGCAAGCACAGACUAACCCACCAGAAAAGGAAAUAUCUGAACCUGAAGUGAGAAUGGUGAAUGGAAAACCUAAGAAAGUUCGCAAACCCAGAACAAUUUAUUCCAGUUUCCAACUGGCUGCUUUGCAGCGAAGAUUUCAGAACACGCAGUACCUGGCCCUGCCUGAGAGAGCGGAACUCGCCGCUUCCCUUGGACUCACGCAGACACAGGUCAAAAUUUGGUUUCAAAACAAGAGGUCCAAGCUGAAGAAGAUCAUGAAGAGCGGGGAGCUCCCUCCAGAACACAGCCCGAGCUCGAGCGACCCCAUGGCUUGUAAUUCUCCCCAGUCUCCCGCUAUAUGGGAUUCACAAGGCCUCUCGAGAUCUCACAACCAGCACUCCCAUUCACAGAAUACGAAUCCAGCUGCUUCGAGUUUUUUGGAAAACACUGCCACCUGGUACUCCUCAGCUAACACCAUCAAUUCUCAUCUUCAGCCUCCCAACCCAGUACAACACCCGUUGGUUCUUGGAUCUGGGACACUAUAUUAAAAUAAAAUAAACAUAAAAAAACCUAUUUAAAAUAUUUAAUUAUUUUGGACUUGUGUUUAUAUAUUAAGGAAUAUGCAAGACAAAUUCAUUUGGGGAAGGGGGGUAGAAAUUAGUGUAAAAUGUGUAAAACGUGUGCAUGUAAUUUAUUGAAUUCGGAAGAAAAGAAACAAACCUAUUUUUCACAAAAUGGACUUCAGUGCAACUCUAGACACUUUCAAUGGUGCCUUGAAUUUUAUGACCUCAACGUUAACUUGACUUUUUUUUUUUUUUUUUUUUUUUUUUUUUUUUCCAAUGCCAUAAUGCUGUAAAUAAAUGUAGAUACAUGUAUAUUCUGGUUAAAUAAAACGAAGACAUUCUGGAAAUAUACCCAAGAGGCGAUUUUGUUUUCACUCAUUUAAUCAUUUAGAAUUAAUUCUGAAUAUGUUAGAUCUUCGUUUUCUGUCUGGUUUCUUCCCAGAAUAGACCAUAGCCCAUAUCCCAGUUGGAUUGUAUAAAAAAAUUACAACCUGAGGGAAUUUGGGUUCUGGAAGCGUGCAUUUUUUUUUUUUUUUUAAUAAAAUGAUUUUGUAGAGCGUUUUGGGCUUUUUAUGUUUAGAAAUUGAUAGUCUAUUGAAAACAAACAGAACUACUUUUGUGGGUUAGUAGAAACAAAUACAUGGAAGCCAGUUUAUUGUUAUGUUAACACUGCGCCAACAUUUGUCAAUGGGAUUUUAAUUGAUUGAGAACUCCAAGUUCUUGCGGCGUUUUUUCAUGAAAGGUAAAUAAUUUGUACUGGGUUUUUAGUUUAUUGAUUUAUUGUGCAAUUGAGAAAAGGCGCAUUGCUUACAUUUUUAAACAACGUAUAACUGACUCUCAAAUACUUUAUCCAUAGACUUACAAACAGAAGUUUUAAACUAGAUGACUUCUGUCUAGUAUAAAACAUUACUAACAUUUUCAAAUUAAAACAAAACAUUUAAUAAAAUAUGUCCAGUCUGUAUUACAAAUGUAGCUUUUGUGAUAAAAACAAGCACAGCGGUUUGGUUUAGUUUAUGUAGACGGGGGCUUAUAAUUCUCGACAGAAAUGAUUUAAUUCAGACAACACACGAAGAAACACCUUUCCGCUCAGUUGGUAUAGCAUACUAACUAUAAAAUUACUCUUGCGCUUCUGUUUUGAUAUUUUAGAAAAUCAGUAAGAAAAACAAUGAUAGACAUAUUUUACUGCAAGAAGGACUGUCAUUUUAUAUGUUGCCAAUAUAAAUGGCACUAUAAAUACGAAAGACACAAAGACUAUAAAAAUGUCCAAGGAAAAUCUUUAUGUGCAUAAAGUUAUCGGAAAUAACGUUCUCGUAUCGUUGUGGACUUUUAGCGUAUGCGUAUUUUUUUUUUAUUUCAACUACAGCACUGCCAAUAAGGGCUAUUUAUUUUCUAUAGCCUUUAUUGCAUUUUCAAAAACUAGCUGAAUUGUAAUUCUUUGCAGUUGGCACAUUUUUUUCCAUAUGUAUAACUGCAAAAGGUCAGACAACAUUCUGACAGAAACAUUGUAACGAUUUAACGUACUAUGAAAUGUUGUCAUAAAGAUGUUUUCAUUUAGACUAGUUGUGUUUUUAUUUCGUGACCAUUGAUUAUUCGUGGAUAAUAUAUACACAUGUAUGCAUAGCAGUGUCUAAUUAGAAUAGUGAGAUUUCUGUUCCUCACAUAUGCUGGACACUUUGUAUAGGCUAUUUUUUUUCUUUAGUUUAUAGUGUUUUAUUGUUCCUUG